CGGGCGCGGAAUAGAAAGCGGGCAGGGGAGGCGAGGGUCCCGAGGGCCUCACGGGCGAUAAUGGCGGAAUAUGAAAACACUCGGCCGCUCUUGCUGGCGCGGACGCUGUGACGGUCGCCUGCCCUCGCGACGGCCCUCGGAUCUCCGCUCGGAAGUGAAACGGAAAAGAGUUGUUUGUGAUUCGAGUGUCGGUGUUUGCGGUGCGUGAAGUGGAGGUGACAGAUGUGAUGCCAUUCCUCAAAGAAUAACUGUUGGAGACGAUGGCGAGAGAGUGACGGUAAAGACGAAAUCCGCUGGGUGUCUGCCGCCUUGUCUGUGCGUCCACUGUAUUGUUAUGAGUACAAUAUUGUGCGUGGAAUCAUCGUUUGGGAUGUACAAAGGUCUGUUUACACUUAAAGUGCAUUCAUCAAGAUGACUGGCAGAUAUAGCCGAACAUACAGCCGUAAAAAAGCUGCUCCACCCCCUAUCAGCCAGUUUGACAAGCUAGUGACUGAGCCGGGUGGCAGCAGCACCAAGCCCUCGGCAACCAAGACUGCCGGACAUGUGGGGAAGUGGGGGAUUACGUCAUUCACAUCCAUCAGGAGCAUCAAUGGAGGCUUUGGCAAAGAUGACAGCAAUAAGAGGUCUCACCCAGAUGACUCCCCACCAUCAAGUAUUGCUGACGAUGCAUUCAGCUUUGAUGGUGGGAGCACAGCCAAUGGGGCAUCACUUCAGGUGAAACCUCCAAACUCCACAUACAGUAAACCCCGAAAGUUUUUCAAAAGUAGAAAUGUGGAUCCGGUGAGUGAGCCUGUUGCUGCAAAACCCAGUAUUAUAGAAAAGACUCGAGCCAAAGGAUACGAUGGGCUGAGUAACCUGAAAAUACCGCCCUUGUCCUCCUUUGAGACCCCAGACUCGAGUCAGGGGACAGUGAAAGACAGUGUUGAUUUGUCAGACCAAAGUGCUUUUGACAAACUUGUGACAAGUGGUGGAAACAAAUCAAACUUCACAGAGGCUCCAAGUGGCCAGAAAUCUAGUAGUGGGAUCAAGCUUAAGAUUUUCAAAAGUCGAAAUGUGGCCUCUUGUUCUCAGGAAACAUAUUCUAGCACCGUGGAGCUGCCCAGUGACGACUCCCGUGCAAACAGCGCCUCGACGAGCGUGGCCAGUUCUCCAUCCACAAAAGACUUGAGUGAAGAGAACCGAGAUUCGUCGGAGGAGCUCAUGCCCUCCAGCUCCCCGCCGGCAGAGUACAAAGAAUCCCAAGUCAGUUCAACAUCUCUCAUAUCACAACAGAAUGCUUACCAUUCUCCUGAAAGACUUGCCUCACCAGACAGGACAAUUAACUCGACUUACGAUUCUAGUUUUGAGUUCGCGGGACUGGUGGACCAGAGAACUGGGUUGCCAAUUUUAGGUGAAGAUAGUGACUAUAGCUUUUCAGGUACCAAAUCAAACAGUGAAACUCCCCAGUUAGGCAGCAAAAGAACCUAUGGUACCAAAGUCUCAAAAUCUCGAGAACUGAACAAAUACAUCAGCAACAAAAUGGUCUCAUUGUCAGACAUUGAUACUCAACCUAAUACAUUGAGUGAAGUUUGUAGUGGUUCCUUAACUGAUGAUUUUGAUAUAUUUGGUGUGGGAUCAAGUGACUUCACAGAACCACAGAAAACCCCUCCUCCAGUCACAGGGAGAGUGGACAGUCCCACUGUGUCUUCAGGGGGAGGCGGAGAGAGUGAUAACUUUGAUUUGUUUAGUACAGAUUUCGAUGAAAAUGAUAUUGAAGACCGGACCAAUAUUGAUUGUGGGACUGGGGUGUUGCCAGUCCAAAAAGACUCUCCUUCAAUGGGUGCCACACAGGAAAUGGAGGACUUGCUUUUCUCGUCUCAGGGUUCAUUAAUGACUUCGCAAUCGUCCGCCACUUCCUCCUGUGCAUCUUACAAGAGAAGUAAUUCCACCAAGUCUGAGCCUGAGGGUGUGAAGAAGCCAGAGCAGCCGCCACUGGUCAAGAAGCGCAGCAUCUUCAAGAGCCGUGAUGCUGACCGCGAUGCAAAGAAGAGAGCAACGUACAGACACAAGUGGCACGACCAGGAGGAGAAGGACGAUGCAGCUAAGGAGAAGCCGACUCUUCAGAGCAGUCAGAGUGUGAAAUCAGCCACAUCCUCCUUUGAUGACUUUGACUUUGACCCUCCAGCCACCCUCAAGAGAGUCCAGACAUGGCCUGGAUCCUCAUCAACUGCUGACAUGGAUGACUCCUAUGACAACCAAACAGUGACCAGUGUCAAAUGUGCAAAGAAUGCAAAACAAUAUUACACAGUUGUCAAGAAUGUGAAGAGAACGCAUCAGCUGCAAGAAUCUGGUGAGUUCCAGGAAUUCAAUGACGAUGUGGAAUACUUCCUUGAUGCCUUGCGUUCCUCCAUGCCUGUCUCCACCCGGUGCCUGGCUGCAUUGAACCUGGCUCAGAAGUGUAUGGUGCCAGGCUUCAGGAUGCAUUUACGAGCUCAUGGCACUGUGAUCAAAUUCUUCAGUGCUCUCUCAGAUGCACACUCAGAUCACAGACUGGCCAUCUGUGCAGCUACUGUGAUGUUCACGCUGAGCCAAGACCGCCUCAACAUGGACCUGGACCGUGAUUCUCUGGAGCUGAUGCUGAAUCUGCUCGACACGGAUGCAGAUGCCUCCGACAAUACCCUCGUGGACAUGGCAGAAGUGGACCACAACAAAAAGAAGAUCCGUGAGCUGUGUCGGGACAUGCAGAAGAAAGGCCACGCAAAGCAUCUCAACCUGAACAACAUCACUGCUGGCCACCUUGCGAUGGAAACGUUGCUGAGUCUGACCUCAAAGCGAGCAGGAGAGUGGUUCAAAGAAGAGCUGCGGGAGUUGGGUGGAGUUGAGCACUUGAUUCGCACCAUCACCCAUUGCACACAGAUGUUCACCCCUGAUCUUGAGACCUGGACACACCCACUUCUUGAAAAGUUGUCGAAGGUUGACCGCUGCCUCAAAGUUAUAGAAAAUGUGACGCACCAAAACACAGCCAACCAAGAGUACCUCCUGACGUUCCAAGACGGCAUAUUCCCGGAGAAACUCAUGUACCUGUAUCGGCUGUGUCACGUAGAGGUGCCCCUGUAUCCAGUCAGUGAUACAGAGAACCAGAAGACCAUGGUAGGUGGGAUGUCGACCGGCCAGUUGCUGGUGCAGACCCUGCUCACUACCAUCAAAGUCCUAAUAAACCUCACACACAACAGUGGAAAGGAAGCCAUGGGUAGCCGUCUUCUGGGCAAUGAGCAAGAGGUGUAUGAUAUUACACUCUAUUGCCUCCUGAUCAUGCCACGAUACUUAGCACAUGACACCAGAUUCGAGAUCUUGAUCCUGGCCUGUUGUCUUCUGUUGAACCUGGUUGAGCAUAGUAAAUCAAACCGCAACCUGCUGAUGAAAAGCAAGGCGCCAGAAUUCCUGGAUGAUGAUGACAAUGAUUGCUUUGGUGGCAAAGGAGAGAGGAAGGGAGCCAUGCAAGCUCUCGUAGAACUGUUCUACCGCUGUGAGGAAAGUGCCCGGCAGCAGGAAGCCCACACAGAUGACCUCAUUGACAAUGACUUGUCAGAGAAGGCACAGAAGGAGGAUGACAGAAAAGAUGAUGAAUUGGAAGAGACUGUGGCCAAGUUACUACAAAAGGCAGGCCAUCACAUGGAGGACACACUGGUAGCUGCAUACACUGCCCUGCUUACAGGCUACUGCAUCAUGGAGGAUGAGGAGUGUGAGGCCGAGAUCCGUAGCAUGUUACCUGACGCCAACUUUAACCUGAUGGUUGUGGUACUGAAGAAAUUCCUCCACUUCAUGGACCUCACUGCCACGACAAGCCUCUUGAGAAGCCUGAAGCCCACCCAGCGUGUGGUCAAGUACAUGGAGAAGCUGGACCGCACGGAGCAGGAAGAGGCAGAGGAGGAGAGAAAAAAGCAGGAACAGAAGGAAUUGGAGUUUGAUGCUUUUGGUUUUUAAGUUACACAAUAACUUCAGUAUGAAUUUCUGUCUCUGUAUAUAGGAAGGCAUCUUUAUACAGCGACUUCUUUUUUUCUUUUCAUCUGUUUUAUUUUUAUUGUCAUGGAAAUGUGAUAAUUUAUAAGUUGUUCACAGUUUAUUUAUUUAUUUAUUGUUAUUUUUUAAUGUAGAUCACAGCACAACUGUGGUAGAAAACAAAAGAAAACAAAACCAUCAAAAUUCCUCAUAUUUUGGAGAGUACGAACAAUGACACAAUAUUCAGGAAAACUUGUAUAGAAAUGAGAGCCUCACACGAGGGAGACGACACUGGCCAUCCAGCCGGAAUUGCCCUAUGCUCUUUGGGUCCCGGCUGGGGGCGGGACAGUCGCUCCCUCUUCCUCUUCCUCCUGAUUCUUUUUUUUUCUUUUUUGUCUGCGGCGCCAAGAGUACAAUUUGCAUUUUUCUCCCAUGCAUCCAAUGGUAGCUUAGGGUAGGUAGUGCAAUAUUCUGCAGCAACCUCCACAUCAUUUGUAUUUUUUCCCCUCUCUACCAUUCAACUCUUACUGGCCAACCAGAAAAAUAAUAAAUAAAUAAUAUAAUAAUAAUAAUUAAAAACCAAAGAUGUCAGAGCACCUUGAGAAGCCUCCCGCUGGGCUCCACACUGCCCCCCCCCCUCCCUUCCCCCUCCCUUUCCCCUGUCUCCCUCUUUCCCCCCCACCUUGCCACCCCCCCCCCCUCCCCUACCCCCUCCCCUACCCCCCAACCCCUGAUGGCACAGCAGGAGACCCCCGGGCAGCAAGCAUCAAGGAUACAGGACGGGAGAGAGGUGUAGCUUGUAGUGUUAUUCUAGUGUGUAGCCGAAGUGUAGUGUCUUUUACAGUUAAACAAAAAAAUACACAAAAAAUUUGAGAAUCCUGACAAUUGUAUGAUAGAUGACUAUUUUUUUGCCAAACUGUAUUUGAAGUUUCUGUAUUGAAGUCAGUAUCCACUCAUUCUCUGUCUAGCAGUGGUGGCUGAUUGAAUGCAUGUUUUUUUAUGUGAGUGCAUCAUAUAUUUUUUUCCUGUUUUUAUUAUUUUUUAAAACUUAAAUGUGUUACUUUUAUGUGCAGGACUUGGCAAAUCUUUACAUCCACAUGAUCAGAGGACAUUUUUUCACGUGUGGGGUAAAGGCAUGCAGACUCCUCUGGAAAUUUUUGUUUCUACCAGUGACCUGAUUUUAUUAGUGAUGAAGGGAGUGCAUUCAUGUCUUCAUGAGGGUUAGUUUUUAUUUCUCAAACUUCGUAUGAGAGUGGAGAGUAUGCAUGCUGUUAUAAAUGUCUCAUACAUUUCCAGCAAAAAAAAAGAAAAAAAGAAAAAAAAAAAAGAAAAGAAAAAAGAAUGCACCAAUUUUUUUCUUUUUCUUUUUUUUCCCCCCUCUUUUCCUUCUAUUCUUUUUAUAUAAAUGAAGGGGUUCCCGGUGUUGAACCUUAGAACAUUUCCUCUUAUGUAGUAACCUCCCAGAGAUCUCAGAAUAUAAUAUUUUAUGUUGAUGAUUUCAUCUUGUCUUACAUUUUUUUUUUUUUUUAUAUAGAUAUACAUAUUUUCCCCCUGCAUAACAUGAUAUUUAAUUCCCUCCCUUGUAAACUGAUGAAGAGUGAGAUUGUGGUAUCACAGUAGUUGUGUUCAUUCACAUAUGACGGGCAACACAUUCACAGAGCCAAUGUUUUGCUUAAUUUCUCUGUCUCCCAUCAUUUUUUUUUUCUCUCUCUCUCUCUCUCUCUCUCCCUCAACUUUAAAAAGAGUAGUAUACACCAUGGGCAGUUGUUGUCUGCUAUUGUUUAUAUGGCUGAGAUAAGGGAUCACACUGAUCAUGUCCUUGGUGACCCAUUUGGUUGGAGUUGUAAGAAAGAAAGAAAGAAAGAUGGAAAAAAAGACAUUAGAUCUAGUUAAUCAAAAUGUCUAAAUAUGUUAUUCAGAUCUAGCCCAAAAUUUUCAGGAGUAUAAUUUCAGAUAAAAAAAAACAAAAACAAAAAAACAAACAAAGGGGCCAAGUCAGGCUUAAGAAAACAACUGGUGUUUGGGUUAUGUUUGGACACCUUGCCAAAAGGGUCUCUUGAGGUUGUUCGUUUUCUACCAUUGGCCAAAGAUGAGAUAUACCUCCAUGUCAUUUGUGAACAAAAUCACAUAACUGACAUCCAAAGUUUGAAACAAUCAAAUAAUAUAAUACAUUUAUUAUUUUGCCAGAAACACUGUGGCUACAAGCUCAAUUCAGUUUUUAUUUAAUGUUUUCUUUUUUUCUCUUAAUAUAGGAAGUCCUGUCUAAUUUGCACUUUUUCAGAGCUUUUUUCCACUUAUCAAAUUUCAUAACAUCUUUUUCUCAUCACCCAUUGAAAUUUACACAUGUUAGCUUUGUUACAACUGUUGCACAAAUAGAGUACUUGGUACCAUACAUUCCAUAGGAGCUGUUGAAGCAUUGCCUCACUAUGAGGUAAUAAAUUGUAUGUGUAUUUGUGAUAGCGCACUCUUGCAACCAAACAUGUACCUAAGGCUCAACCACUGUGGUUCUGGCAGGAGCCUUUCUUUUCAUACUAUAAUUGCUCAGUGAAAUAUUGUAUGUGGGAAUCUGCUGGAUUGUAAUAGGAAUAUGCAUAGCUUAAAAAUAA